AGCCAAACUACUCUGGGCCUGUGGACUGCUGAUGUCGCUGAAGGCCAAGCUGCCGCAUUCGAACCUACAUGGGCAUUCUGCUUGGGUGUGGUCAUACACCCUGGGCACUUCACUUCAGUGAGGCAUUGCGGUUUCAGCCAACAUCACGACUGUUCGAGCGUGACUGCAACAACUUAUCUAUGUCCAGUGCAAGUCCCUGCCUAAGUUCAAGCCCUGAUACCCGCCAAGUCGGCCAGCCACACCCCAUCAGCAAACCAAUCGGACGCAAGUAGCGACGUACGACCGCAGGCCUGACUACCUGUCCUGCACUCUUCGGCUAACAGAGCAACCCGGUAUCCUGUUUAUUUCUUAUGUACAUCGGGCCUUCAUAUUUUUAUGUGCCUUGUGUGCCCGUUGGAGGCACAUCUCUAGAUCUAUCAUCUACUUUGCAUCUGCAUAGUCUACGGCGGAAAAGAUACUGCACCAGAACCAACGCUGCAUGCUUCUUACCGAGUACAGUUGUACCGUUUGGAUGGUGCGAUGUACUUGACGCUUCAGAUGCUGAUUUGACUAUUCAUGUAUAUAGACCUUCUUGGAGAGCCUGAAAAAUUCAGCGUCGGGAACAAGAGUGAUGAUGAAUAAGAAAAGCUCUGCCAAACAGACAGGAAAAAGAUGGGUUCAUCCACCAUCAUCGUUAACAAAUGGCCAUGUUGUCUACAAUGUCAAGCUCCUUGGACACAUGGAGGUUGACCAACCAAAAGGUGCUGAAGUCGUAAGAGAAGCUGUCCGGAAACUAAAGCAAGACACUCAAGGAUUGCCCCGGAUGAUGCAAUUUGCCAAGCAGCUGAAACGGGCCGAGGGAGAGAAACCCCCCAAAGUUGAGCUAACCAUUUCCUCCAUGGGCGUCACCAUCCAAGACAGACAGUCCAAGGUAAGAUUGGAAACAUUCCCUCUGCAUCGCAUCUCCUACUGUGCUGACGACAAGCAGGACAAGAGAAUAUGUGCCUUCAUCUGCAAGCAGGAGGCGACGAACAAGAAUGUCUGCUAUGUCAUGGACAGUGAAAAAUGUGCUGAGGAGAUAACGCUUACUGUCGGUCAGGCCUUUGACUUGGCCUACCAACAUUUCCUACAGACAACUGGCAAAAGCAUAGGCUCCCAAGUCCAAGCAUUGCAGAAGAAGGUACGGGAGCUGGAGACAGAGAACACACAGCUUAGGAUGCGCAUUGUGGAGUUGGAGGCGCGGCAGGGACAGCAACCACCACCCUACAGCGAGACCAACUCAGCGACAACAGCAGCAGCAGCAGGAGGGGGAGGAACAACAGCAGGAUUGUCACAGCCAACACUCCUAAAGGAUCUCAUGGCUUCACCCAGCCAGCCACCGCCCCUGUAUCAGAACACACCCCCUCCGGCUGGAGCCAUUCCACCUCUUGCCUCUCCUCCCACAGCUGCUGCAGCCACGGUGGGAGCACAGGCUGUAACCCCCACCAGCAGGACAUCCGACGCCGCGACAACCAACGGAGUGGCCUCCGGUGAAAUAGUCCAGAGCCCUGGUAUACCGCGGGAGCACCCUCCAUCCCUUGGUUCCAGGGGCAGACCACGCUCUUUCACAGUGCCUGCAUGUACUGCUACUACCCCUGCACCAAUGGGAACUUCUGUAACAAGUAGACCUAGACCACAUGGCCUUGCAUCGCCUAGCAGCCAAAGUUCAGCAGUGCCGAGUUUGGCCCCGCCUCCUUCCUUGGGUCGAGCAAGACGAAGCACCACAGGAGCCACUCCAGUAUCUAGACAAGAUUCUCAAGGAAGUAACAGCAGUUAUGACCCAUUUGGUCAGGCACCGUUCAACCAGCCCCAGACUCUUGGGGUAGCCAGGAGCAAUCCCUUCCUUUCCACUGCCUCGUCUGGGUCCUCCCAAGACUUGGACGUCCAACACUUCCAAGAGUUACAGGAAGGUUUUGCCAGUGGGUUGACCAUUGGCAACGCAGAUCUGUCCUUGGCUGAUUUGGAUCCCCUGAAAAAUCUGAGCUCCUGUUAAUCAAGAGAGGGCGCUCUCCACCCAUGGCGGCAGUCACAGGUGACCUGCUCUCACAUUUUUCAACAUCUUAUCCGUUGAUGCAUGCUUUCAUUCACCCUGAAAUGUAACUCCCCAGCAACUUGAUUUGGUUGGUAACAGUUUGAAAGAAAUUUAAAACGUUGCAGUAAAGGCUGCAAAAGACCUUUUUGCACCGGAUGUGUGCACAAUUACAUUUGUAAAGUUUGUUCUGUAAUUAAGAACAUUGUAUGAAGCCUGUUGAAAUUUGAAAGAUUAUUUUGUUUCUGCUAUUAAAUGUUCCAUUUAGAUAGCAUCAUUUUUUGUUAAGUUUGAUAAGUUUCUAAAAUGCAACAAAUUUUGCACUAACUCAUGAUGGAACAUUAUUAACUCGCUGUUCCUUGAAAUGUUGACUGUCAACGUAGAAGGUAUCAAAAGUGUAUUUUCGGCAAUAAUAGAAGUUGCCAGUAUCAAACCUGUAACACCCCCCCAAAAAAGGAGGGGUGGAAAAUGGCUUGUAAGAUUUAUAUUUCUUCAGCUAUAGCCCUCCCCCCACCAAAAAACGGUGGAAGGGAUUUCCUUUCUAGUUUGGACCCAAGUCAUAGUUUCAUCUUUGGCGAAAGUACAGACAAUAACUGCAAGACACUUUCAGCAAUGUAUCCACCAUGUGCCCAUGCUCUCCUGUAUUUCUGAUGCGAAGACUCAAUGGGUGCAUUAGAGCGAGCUGCUCGCAUGAACACAAGCAUACUCCUGAGUGCUUGAACGGCUGGAGUACGACCCGAGGGUCAGCGAGAAUAUACUGCUGUACCCGAGUGUAAUGUGCACGCAUCUUGCUCGUGUUAACAGGAGUAACCGCGCGAAUGCACCCAAUGGUUCGGUCGUGCUGAAAAUUAAUUCAAGUGCACUUUUUACUGUACACGCACAAUAGUGAAUGUGCAUAGGUUGUGAUGUUACUAUGCCUGGGACUCGUGAGCGGGCCUCACAGAACCAUUCAUCAUUCUUGUGCUACAGACUUUGUCAACAAUGCUGGCUUGAUUCGAUCAGAAAACAUUUUGUUCAAAGGAUCAUACCGUUGCUAGCAGAGUUGCCUAACUUGCAUUGAUAUCAAGUAAGUUCUCUCUCCAUAGGUGGGAGCAUUGAUAUCAAGUAAGUUCUCUCUCCAUAGGUGGGAGCAGGUAGGCAUUGAAGUCUGAGGAAACCGUAUUUUCAAAGAAAGUUAAGAAAGAAAGAACAGAAUAAACAUUUUGUUUUUUCAUCACUGGUCAAUCAGUUUUUCAGUGACAUCUCAUAUUCUUAAGCCAAUAUUGGAAAAUAAACUAUUUGCCUUAAAUUGUGCUUUUAUAUCAUGAUAAUGUAUGUUGUUCAUUAACCUUUUUUCUUUACUAAUCAAUUUGACUUCCAACUUUUCAUAUCACUUUUGAUAGACCGUGAUUCUGUGGGGAAGGGGGAUAUUGAAUGUCAACUUGGUUAUUUUUUUUAGUGAUACGGUAUAUGAUGUCGUUUUAUUAUGUAACACCUUCCUGAGGCCCAAAGCACCCCAUUGGUGUAUCAUUUUGCUAACCAGAAGUACUAAAGGUGAACCUCUUUCAUACAAAGUUUCCUGAAUAUGGGAGGGGUGCUGUGUUUGAAGGUCUUGACGCUUGUGGGCGAUAACGGGGUCUUUUGUGCCUUAAUUAAAUCCUUUUGUGCCCCACUCUCAGCAGAUAGUAAAUUCCAACAGCAAAACUGUACAAGAGAAUACCUAUAUAUUUUACAAAUACAUGUAACUGACCAAAGGUACUCCCACACCCCCUUGUAACCGUCACUCUCAUCAAUUUUUAUGCACUUGUUUACUCAGACUAUCACAUUAACCUAUGCAUAAUCAAAGUUUUAUAUUUAUAUAUUCUCUGAGAGCAUAACAGACUUGUAUUCUGAAGGAAAUUGUACUUUUGUAUUUUGUCUUUGUCGGGGGGAUGUUUCAGGCUUGGAAGAUGCCUAGGUAAGUUUAAUUUUGAGGAUAAUUAAAUCAAGAGAACAUCUGGUUAUGCCCUAAAAUGGUCCAAGAUAAGUGUAGACUUACAAAAAAGUUUAUAGAUCUGUAAAUGACAAAUGAUGGUUAACGACGGUUUUCAGUAUCUUCUAGAAUACUUCAAGUCUACAACGUCACCAGUAUACAAAUGUAUGUCAUUUUGACUGGUAAAUUUGGAAUCUCCUAAGCAGGAUCUUGACUUUAAAGUUCAUGCAGAACUUUACUCUUGAAUACUGUUGUACCCCUCUCACUUAAAGCUGCGCUAUGAAUACAAUAUGAUGCAAUGCAAUUUGUACAAUUACCUAACGAGUGUACUGCUCCUUUAAUAUUGUAGAGUAAAUUUUUUUGGUAUAUCAUUAACUUUACUGGCUUAGUUCUAUGUGCACUUCUGUAAGAUUGUACCGACAAUAUUAAGGUUAUUGACAAACGUACAUGUUGAGCCGGCCACUCCACAUAAAUGCACCACUUUUGCGAUGGUGGGUAUUUAUAUAUCUGAUUACAAUGUAAAUGGGGAAUCAAUUUCUGUUGGAUUGUAAAUAGGUGAAGUCUGAAAGGGAUAAUCCAUGCUGGAAGCCCUUGAAGACUACUCAGUGGAUGCAUUUGGGGGGGGCAGUGCUACUGGAACAGGCUGCUUAACCACUUCAAUCCGGGGCAUUUUUCAACGUUGAUGAUGCUGGGCCGGCAUGACUAUCAUUUUUUCCAUUUUCAAAAUCCUCAAAAAU